AUCCAUCAGUACUGAACAGUAGAGUGCAGAAUGGGAAUUUGGACUUGAAUGAAUUACAACUAAAUAUUUACAUCAUAUUUGAACUGCACAAUGGCUUCAUCUAAAGGGAAAGUAAUUACAGUUGUAGGAAGUGGGCUGAUUGGGCGCUCCUGGGCCAUGGUGUUCCUGAGUGGAGGAUACAGGGUGAAGCUCUAUGAUAACCAGCCAGGACAAGCGUCAAGAGCCAUCACAGAAAUCAGGAAGGAAGUUGAAGGGCUUCAGGAUGCACAGAUGCUUAGAGGAAAUCUCAGUGCUGCAGAACAGCUGAGCCUGCUUAGCAGUCAUGAUGACCUUUCACGGGCUUUAGAGGAGGCAUUUUUUGUUCAGGAGUGUGUGUUCGAGGAGAUUCAGGCCAAGCAGACUGUAUUUAAGGCCGUGGAAGAUCACGUGGGUGAAAACACAAUCCUCAGCAGCUCCACCUCGUGUCUGAUGCCCAGCAAUGUCUUUUCUUUGGUCCAGAAUCGAACAAGGUGUAUUAUAUCACACCCGGUAAAUCCACCCUACUACGUUCGUCUAGUCGAGCUGGUUCCUCACCCCGAGACCCUUCCUGCAGCUAUGGAUGUGGCAUGUGAGCUGAUGACUGAGGUGGGGCAGGCACCUGUGCGUCUUAGGAAGGAGAUUGAUGGCUUUGCCCUCAACAGAGUUCAAUACGCUAUUAUUGCAGAAAGCUGGAGACUGGUUAAAGAGGGUGUGAUCUCUGUAAAGGAUAUUGAUCUGGUGAUGUCCGAGGGGCUGGGUAUGCGCUAUGCCUUCAUUGGUCCAAUUGAAACUAUGCAUCUCAAUGCACCAAAUGGUCUCGAGGACUAUCUUGGUCGCUACCGGGAGGGCAUGAAGAGAGUGCUCUCUAGUUUUGGACCUGUUCCUGAGUUUGAUGGAGAGGCAGCAGAGAGAAUCACUAAAGAGAUAAGCGAGCUCAUCCCCAGUGAUCCGGUGCAUCUCUCUGCAAGAAGAGAAAGAAGGGAUCAGCUGUUGAUGGGGCUGGCUAAGCUGAAAAAAUGAGGGACCCUUGCCCUAGCACUGAUGGCCUAAUUAAAGAAACUAGUGUUACAUAUUGCACCUGUGCUUUAAAGAACAGGCUGAUCCUUUCUACUCAGGAAUACUGUUUUAACACCAGGAUGUAUGUGCUUACUGUUAAAUAAGCAGCACUACUGUGCCUGAAUUACAAAGUAAAAGUAUUAUGUAAAGUUGAUUUCUAUAAAUCCAAACCCAGCCAUUACUGACUGAUCUGAAUUAAAAAAAUGGAAGCUGGUAAAGUGUUUUUGUUCUUUGUG